UGAAGCGCGGCGAGGAUGGCGGCGCGGGGCCGGCGGCCGUGGCCGCUGCUGCUUGCGCUCUUGGGGCUGCUGGCGCUGGGCCCCGGCGCGCCGGCGUCCAAGCUCAACAUCCCCAAGGUGCUGCUGCCCUUCACGCGGGCCACGCGCGUGAACUUCACGCUGGAGGCCUCGGAGGGCUGCUACCGCUGGUCAUCGACCCGGCCGGAGGUGGCCAGCAUCGAGCCGCUGGGCCCGGACAAGCACCAGUGCUCCCGGAAGGCGGUGGUGCAGGCCCGCCUGUCCCAGCCCGCUCGCCUGACGAGUAUCGUCUUCGCGGAGGACGUCACCACCGGCCAGGUCCUGCGCUGCGACGCCAUCGUGGACCUCAUCCACGGCAUUCAGAUCGUCUCCACCACCCGCGAGCUCUACCUGGAGGACUCCCCGCUGGAGCUUAAGAUCCAGGCCCUGGACUCGGAAGGAAACACGUUCAGCACCCUGGCCGGGCUGGUCUUUGACUGGAUGAUCGUAAAGGACACAGAGGCCGACGGGUACUCAGACACCCACAACGCGCUCCGCAUCCUGACUUUUUUGGAGUCCACGUACAUCCCUCCCUCCUACAUCUCAGAGAUGGAGAAGGCGGCCAAGCAGGGGGACACCAUCUUGGUGUCCGGGAUGAAGACGGGGAGCUCCAAGCUGAAGGCACGCAUCCAGGAGGCCGUGUACAAGAACGUCCGCCCCGCGGAGGUCAGGCUGCUGAUUUUGGAGAACAUCCUCCUGAACCCAGCUUAUGACGUCUACCUCAUGGUGGGGACGUCCAUCCGCUACAAGGUGCAGAAGAUCAGGCAAGGAAAGAUUACAGAGCUCUCAAUGCCCUCGGAUCAGUACGAGCUACAGCUUCAGAACAACGUCUGGGGCCCCGAGGGAGACCCGGGCCGGCCCGUGGCGGUCCUGGCCCAGGACACAUCGUUGGUGACCGCGGUGCAGCUGGGACAGAGCAGCCUGGUACUUGGCCACAGGAGUAUCCGCAUGCAGGGCGCUUCCCGGUUGCCCAAUAGCACCAUCUACGUGGUGGAACCCGGGUACCUGGGCUUCACAGUCCACCCCGGUGGCAGGUGGGUGCUCGAGACCGGCCGCCUGUAUGAAAUCACCGUCGAAGUGCUUGACAAGUCUGGCAACCAGGUCUACCUGUCGGAUAACAUCCACAUCGAAACCAUGCUCCCCGCGGAGUUCUUUGAGGUUCUGGCUUCUUCCCGGAACGGGUCGUACCAUCGUGUCAGGGCAACAAAGAGGGGCCAGACGGCCAUCGAGGCCGCCCUCACCUCCGUGGUGGACCAGGACGGAGGGGUCCACACGUUGCGGGUGCCUGUGUGGAACCAGCAGGAGGUGGAAAUCCACGUCCCCAUCACCCUCUAUCCAAGCAUCUUGACGUUUCCCUGGCAACCAAAGACGGGCGCCUAUCAGUACACGAUAAAGGCCCACGGUGGGAGUGGGAACUUCAGCUGGUCUUCCUCGAGCUCUGCGGUUGCCACGGUCACCGUCAAGGGCGUGAUGACUACAGGUAGCGACACUGGACUCAGUGUGAUCCAGGCCCAUGAUUUGCAGAACCCGCUACAUUUCGGUGAGAUGAAGGUGUACGUGAUUGAGCCCAGCGGCAUGGAGUUCGCCCCGUGCCCAGUGGAGGCCAGCAUGGGCCAGAGCCUGGAGCUGCCCCUGAGGAUCCACGGCCUCAUGCCCGGUGGGGCUGACGAGGUGGUCACGCUGAGCGACUGCUCCCACUUCGACUUGGCAGUGGAGAUGGAGAACCAGGGCGUGUUCCAGCCGCUCCCAGGGAGGCUGCGGCCGGGGCCUGAGCACUGCAGCGGUGUCACGGUGAGGGCAGAGGCCCAGGGCUAUACCGCGCUCCUUGUGAGCUACAAGCACGGCCACAUCCACCUGAGCGCCCGCAUCACCAUUGCCGCCUACCUGCCCCUCAAGGCUGUGGACCCCUCCUCUGUCGCCCUGGUGACCCUCGGCUCCUCAAAGGAGAUGCUUUUCGAGGGGGGUCCCAGACCCUGGGUCCUGGAGCCUUCCAAGUUCUUCCGCAACGUCACCUCUGAGGACAUGGACAGCGUCAGCCUGGCUCUCUUUGGGCCCCCUGCCGCCCGGAAUCACCAGCAGCACUGGAUCCUCGUGACCUGCCAGGUCUUGGGCGAGCAGGUCAUCGCCCUCACGGUGGGGAACAGGCCCAGCAUCACGAACCCCUUCCCGGCGCUGGAGCCCGCUGUGGUGAAGUUCGUGUGUGCGCCGCCCUCCAGGCUCACCCUGGCGCCCGUCUACGCCAGCCCCCAGCUGGACCUGUCCUGCCCGCUGCUGCAGCAGAACAAGCAGGUGGUUCCGGUCUCCAGCCAUCGCAACCCCCUGCUGGACCUGGCCGCCUAUGACCAGCAGGGCCGCAGGUUUGACAAUUUCAGCUCGCUGAGCGUCCAGUGGGAGUCCACCAGGCCGUCGCUGGCCAGCAUCGAGCUGGACCCGCCCUUGCAGCUGGUGUCCCGGGACGACGGGAGCGGCCAAAAGAAGUUGCACGGCUUGCAGGCCAUUUCAGUUCACCAGGCCUCGGGCACCACGGCCAUCUCUGCCACCGCCACUGGCUACCAGCAGUCCCACCUGGACAUGGCCAGAGCGAAGCAGCCGCACCAUCCCCUCAUGCCCGUGUCGGCGUCCAUCGAACUCAUGCUGGUGGAGGACGUGAGGGUCAGUCCGGAAGAGGUGGCCAUCUACAACCACCCGGGCGUGCAGGCGGAGCUGCACAUCCGAGAAGGCUCUGGCUACUUCUUCCUCAACACCAGCAGCGCAGAUGUGGUCAGGGUGGCCUAUCAGGAAGCCCGGGGCAUCGCCACGGUGCACCCUUUGCUCCCGGGCACCUCAGCCAUCAUGAUCCACGACUUGUGCUUAGCCUUCCCGGCCCCGGCGAAGGCUGACGUUUAUGUCUCGGACAUUCAGGAGCUGUACAUCCGCGUGGUGGACAAGGUGGAGAUUGGGAAGACGGUCAAGGCAUAUGUUCGCGUGCUGGACUUCCACAAGAAGCCUUUCCUGGCCAAGUACUUGGCCUUCAUGGACCUGAAGCUCCGGGCCGCCUCCCAGAUCGUCACGCUGCUGGCCCUCGACGAGGCCCCAGACGACUACACCGCCGUGUUUCGCGUCCACGGCGUGGCCAUCGGCCAGACCAGUCUCACUGCAACCGUGACCGACAAGGCUGCACAGAGAAUCAACUCAGCCCCACAGCAGAUUGAGGUCUUUCCCCCGUUUAGGUUGAUACCCAGGAAGGUGACGCUGAUUAUCGGGGCCACGAUGCAGAUCACCUCCGAGGGCGGCCCCCAGCCUCAGUCCAACAUCCUCUUCUCCAUCAGCAACGAGAGCGUGGCGCUGGUGGGCGGCACCGGGCUCGUGCGAGGCCUCUCCGUGGGCCACGGCGCCGUGUCGGGGGUCGUGCAGGCCGUGGACGCCGAGAGCGGCAGGCUCGUCGUCGUGUCAGAGGAUCUCGUGGAGGUGGAGGUGUUGCUGCUGCAGGCUGUGAGGAUCCGUGCCCCCAUCACUCGCAUGAGGACGGGGACCCAGAUGCCCGUCUACGUCACGGGGAUCACCAACAACCAGAACCCUUUCUCCUUCGGCAACGCCGUGCCGGGCCUGACCUUCCACUGGUCUGUCACCAAGCGAGACAUCUUGGACAUCCGGGGGCGGCACCACGAGGCAUCUCUCCGGCUGCCGUCGCAGUACAACUUUGCCAUGAACGUGCACGGCCGGGUGAAGGGCCGUACCGGCCUGAGGGUGGUGGUCAGGGCCCUGGACCCCACAGCCGGGCAGCUGCUGGGCCUCGCCAAGGAGCUCUCUGACGAGAUCCAGAUCCAGGUGUUUGAAAAGCUGCGGCUGCUGAACCCCGAAAUAGAAGCAGAACACGUGUUAAUGUCGCCCAACUCAUUUGUCAAGCUCCAGACAAACAGGGAUGGUGCCGCCUCUCUGAGCUAUCACGUCCUGGACGGGCCUGAGAAGGUUCCCAUCGUGCACGUUGACGAGAAGGGCUUCCUGGUGUCGGGGUCCGUGAUCGGGACAUCCAUGGUCGAAGUGACUGCUCAAGAGGCUUUUGGGGCCAACCAGACCGUCAUCGUGGCUGUCAAGGUGUCCCCUGUUUCUUACCUGAGGAUCUCCAUGAGCCCCACCCUGCACACCCAGAACAAGGAGGCUCUGGCGGCCCUGCCCCUGGGAGUGACCGUGACUUUCACCGUCCACUUCCACGACAACUCCGGAGACGUCUUCCACGCUCACAACUCUGUCCUCAACUUCGCAACUAACAGGGACGAGUUCGUGCAGAUCGGGAAGGGCGCCGCCAACAACACCUGUGUGGUCCGCGCGGUCAGCGUGGGCCUGACCCUGCUGAGAGCGUGGGACGCGGCGCACGGCGGCCUCUCUGACUUCGUCCCGCUGCCUGUGCUGCAGGCCAUCUCCCCCGAGCUGUCCGGAGCGGUGGCGGUGGGGGACGUCCUCUGUCUGGCCACGGUUCUGGUCAGCCCGGAAGGCAUCUCCGGGACCUGGAGCUCAUCGGCCCGCAGUAUCCUCCACGUCGACCCCAAGACGGGCGUGGCCGUGGCCCGGGAAGCGGGAGCUGUGACCGUUUACUACGAGCUCGCCGGGCACCUGAAGACCUACAAGGAGAUAGUGGUCAGCGUCCCUCAGAGGAUCGUGGCCCGGUACGCCCGCCCCGUCCAGACCAGCUUCCAGGAGGUCGCGGCCUCCAAAGUGGUGGUCACCGUGGGAGACCGGAGCUCUAACCUGAGAGGCGAGUGCUCCCCCGGCCAGGUGGAAAGCAUCGCAGCCCUGCGCCCGGAAUCGCUCCUCGGCUGCCAGCUACAGUUCAAGCAGGACAUCUUCGACUUCCCAGCCCGUGAGGUUUUCACCGUAGAACCGGAGUUUGACGCUGCCCUGGGCCGGUACCUCUGCUCGGUGACAAUGCUCAGGCUUACGGACAAGCAGCUGAAGCACCUGAGCCUGAAGAGGACAGCACUGCUGGUCACUCCCUCUCUCCCAGGCAGCCACUUCUCCGGAGAGCAGGUCGGGGCCGAGGUCCCCUUCAGCCCAGGGCUUUACACUGACCAGGCUGAAAUCCUUUUGAGCAACCACUACACCAGCUCCGAGGUCAAGGUCUUUGGUGCCAUGGAAGUUCUGGAGAACCUGGAGGUGAAGUCGGGGUCCCCGGCCGUGCUGGCCUUCGUGAAGGAGAAGUCCCUGGGGCUGCCCAGCUGCGUCACCUACACAGUCGGCAUCUCGGACCCCACGGCCGGCAGCCAGGGGCCUCUGUCCACCACCCUGACCUUCUCCAGCCCCGCCGCUAACCAGGCCGUCACCCUGCCCGUCACCGUGGCCUUCGUGAUGGAUCGCCGGGGACCCGGUACUCACGGCGCCGGCCUCUUCCAGCACAUCCUGGACUCCUACCAGGUCAUGUUCUUCACGCUCUUUGCCCUGCUGGCCGGGACCGCGGUCACGAUCAUAGCCUACCACGCGGUCUGCACACCCCGGGAGCCCGCUGCAGCACCGGCCCUCUCCCCGCGAGCCAGCCCUCGGCACAGCCCGCACUAUGUUCCUGCCUCAUCGCCAACGCCUUUCAACGCGCUGCUUCCUGCUCGCAGAGCCAGCCCUCCCUCAGGGCUGUGGAGCCGGGUGUACCCCUCCCACUAGUCGGCAGGGCCGGGA